CAGAGGUGAGGAACAAGACUCCAAGAGCACAGCCAUGGUCUUCAAUCUGUCCCUUGUGCUUCUGGCGCUGUGUGCUCUGACUGAGACUCAGGCACAGCUGAAGGUGUUUAGCCUGCGUGCCAGCGGUCUCCCCUCUGACAUUUUGGGGACCACAGAUGGCUAUGUUAAAGUGUUUUGUAGCUCUGUCACUUUGGGUACAACAGCAGUCCGUAAGAACAAUGCUAAUCCUUGGUGGGGGGAGCAGUUCUCCAACUUCAAAGCCCAGGAAAAUGAUGUGUUGAGGCUUGAGGUUUAUGACAGCGAUAUUAUCUUUGAUGACCUGCUGGGAGUGUGUCAAAGACAAGUGCGCCCUGGAACCCAUCAGCACGACUGCUUCCUGAAGAAAGGUGGAACCAUGCAUUAUACCUACACCCUCGGCGACAACCAUCCAUAAACAUCUGAAACAACUGAUAUUUCCGUUUUGCAAAUUACGAGCCAUUUCUGAAUCCUUUGGAAAAGAGUUAUGCUCAUCUCUUUCUUUUAACACGACACAUUGUUAUAUGUCAGUCAGUCUGUCUGCAACAAGUCCACAUCAAUGUUCACCAACACAUCUACAAUUAUUUUUUUCCAUUCCCAAUGUCAAAACGAAAUAAAAUCAGUUGCAACAAUC